GAGAUGAACUGGCUGACAGGGCUUAACGAGCCACCAGAGGACGUAUUGGAUCUCCUCGAGUUCUUGAUCAGCCGGGUCGACAGUAUGCAGGCCGCCUUCAAUGCAAUCGACGGUGGCGAACCCGGGUCGGUGUCCAACGCUGAGUUGACACUCCGGGAGCUCGAGAUGGGCCUGAAGUCCAUGGGCUGCCAGAAAUUUGCGGGACCGGACGAGUCCGCACGGAUAGAGAAAGUCUUCCGCUACCUGGAUCCCGGCGGUGAGGGAACCGUUUCCAUGCAG